UCUGGUGGAUAACAUUGCGUGGAAAAUAAUGUUAAGUCCGCUGUAUGGAGCCGACCUCCUCCAUCCACGCUCCGGCGGCGCCACCGCCAGCUUCCCGCCGAGUGCCCGCUAAAGAGCUCCUUCGGGCGGGGGAUGUUCUGCGGAGUCUCCGCCCGGCGUGUUCACGGGCCGGGGGGGCACCAUGGCUUGAGGAUUUGGGGGAGACUCCACCGCACGCUGCUGACAACAGGUCACAUGGAUAAUCCCUCUCCAAACCAAACCCACCGUAUCAUCCCGUGUUUUGGGUGAUUAGAGCGCCGCUGUCGGCUUGAUGCGGGAGGUGGGCAGCUCGUCCUGGCUGUCGACUGAGAGGAGAACGGCGUGGAGGUGCAGGUGUUUGUGCGGCUGAGGGGGCUUCAGCAGGAUGGAAAUAGAUGCCUGUUUUCGCUACUACUUCCAGCACCCGUGGUCGCGUCUCAUCGUGGCCUACCUCGUCACCUUCUUCAACUUCCUCAUCUUCGCCGAGGACCCCAUCUCCCACAGCCAGACGCAAGCUCACAUUAUUGUGGUGGGCAACUGCUUCUCCUUCCUGUUCAACAAGUACCCGGGCCUUGGGUGGAACAUCCUGAAAGUAAUGUGCUGGAUCCUGGCCAUUAUCACCGGCCUGUUAGCCGGGAAGUUUAUAUUCCACCGCCAGCUCUUUGGUCGAUACCUGCGCCUGAAAAUGUUCCGCGAGGAUCAUGGCUCCUGGAUGACCAUGUUCUUCAGCACCAUCCUCUUCCUCUUCAUCUUCUCACACAUCUACAACCUCUUCCUGCUGAUGGCUGGAAGCAUGGGGCCUCACAUGGUUACAGAAUAUAUGGGCAUCAGGAAUGAGAGCUUUAUGAAGAUUGCUGCAGUGGGGACGUGGAUGGGAGAUUUUGUGACAGCCUGGAUGGUGACAGAUAUGAUGCUUCAGGAUCAACACUACCCAGACUGGGGCAAAGCUGCAAGAAGGUUCUGGAAACGAGGCAACAAUCGAAUCGUCCUCUUCUGGACGGUGCUCAUCUCUUUGACCUCGGUGGUGGUCCUGGUCAUCAGCACCGACUGGAUCAGCUGGGACAACCUCAACCGCGGCUUCCUGCCCAGCGACGAGAUCUCCAGAGCCUUCCUUGCCUCCUUCAUCUUGGUCUUUGACCUUCUCAUUGUUAUGCAGGACUGGGAGUUUCCUCACUUCAUGGGUGACCUAGAUAUGAAUUUACCUGGCAUGUCAACAACACAUGUGAAGGUCAAGCUUCCUGUCUGCAAGCGCAUCUUUAAGGAGGAGUACCACAUUCACAUCACAGGUAAGUGGUUCAACUAUGGUAUCAUCUUCCUUGUGCUUAUAUUGGACUUAAACAUGUGGAAGAACCAGAUUUUCUACAAGCCCUACGAGUAUGGUCAGUACGUUGGGCCAGGGGAAAAGAUCUACACGGUGGAAGAGCCAGAAACGCUCAGAGACUUCAACCACAGCACGCUCACCUACGAGUGGCGCUCCACCAACAUCAACCCGAGCACCAACAAGACGUACGUGGAGCGGGACAUGUUCCUCCACAGCCGUUACAUCGGGGCCAGCUUGGACAUCAAGUGCCUGGCCUUCAUCCCGAGCCUGGCGGCGUUUGUCCUCUUCGGUUUCUUCGUCUGGCUGUUUGGACGCUUUCAGGAGAGCGAGACGUUCACAGAAAACCAAGACAAGGCGUACGAGAGGAUAAAGAGGAAAUCGCCUUCGGAGUACAGCAAGGAGAUGGGAGCGACCCCGGAGGACACGCACCUGACCAUGAGCGAUAGCCUGAAGCGGUCGGGAACGCCGAUGCUCCUGUCGGUGGAUGGGCCGCACUUCGGAGCAACGCCUUCUACGAACUCGACCAUAUCGAUGGACACCCAGGAGACGCACCCGAGCAUUGUGAUAGACAACGCGGCGCAAGACGAGCCCGUUGUAUCGUUUGACGUCCGCAGACUCUCACCGUGAACGCAUAAACUUUCUGACUGUUCCAAAGCAGAAAGAAUUUACCGAGACUUCAGAUUGUUACAGGUUUUCUUACCUGCUAAACUUUAUCACACACACCCACACACACAAACGUUACAUAAGCAAAGCUGUGUGACGUUCAUUGGGGUUUUAUGUGAUAGACCAAUAAAACAUAGUGUAAAGAUGAGGACUAAAACAGGGUUUUAAGAAUCUUUUUCAAACAAUCAUUUGGGAAUUGAUGCCUGCAUUUGCAUUUAGCCCCUCUGCGUCAAUAUUUUAUAUAAAAUUCUUUUUCCUUUUCAUUAUAACUUGAGCCUAAUCAGAUAAUACGGAGAGUGUCUGUGAACAUCAACUUUCACGUCUUACCACUGAUUCUCAAUUGGAUUUAAGCUUGGACUUUGACUAGGUCGCUAUGACACAUGAAUAUGCUUUGAUCCGAACCAUUCAGAUGUAGACCAGUCUGUAUGGUUUGGGUUGUUAUGUAGCAUUUUGUACGUGGUCCAAAAAUGGAGUUUUGAUCUUAAAUGAUCAGAAUAGCUUCUUCUUUCACAUUUGCUUAGUCUCCUACUGUAAACAAAACUCUUUAUUACUUUAUUUCAACAGUGAAAUGAACUCUCUCCAGAAUUUACGACUAUUGCCAUCGUAUCAUCACUCUCACUUGACCUUUGAGCCUCUCCUGGCUGCUUCUCUCCUUACUAGACCUGUCCUGUUUAGGUGGACAUUUCUAGGUAAUUUGUGGCAUAAUUUUGGUCUUACUGAUGGUAGUUGUUUAUUAAUUAACUCUAGCUGAUUUUUUAUUGUAUCAGAAUAAAGGGGCUGAAUAUAAAUGCAAAAACUUUUAUUUGCAAAAAAAAAAAAAAAUCCUACGUUUUUCCCUUAAUAGUUAUACUUUACUUUGUUUUGGUCUUCAUAUAAAAUCCAAUUAGGAUACAUACAAAUUUGUGUAAAAAUGUAAAAAGAUAUAUAUAUACAAGUCAAAGAAUGCUUCUGCUAGGCAGCAUGCAGAGUACAAGUGCUUGGGUAAGUGACAUUAAGAGAGCAGGUUCUGUUCUGUUUUGAUAUAUUUUUCUAAGAUAUCCUCUGAAAAAGCCUCCAUAUUGGCACCGGUUCUGAUGCAACUAGCCUAAUAUGAAGCAGAUCUUUUUAAAACAGACGGCAAACCUUUAAUUGACACGGUGCUGGCUUGGAUUUUCAUAAUUUACCUUAGUCAUGGUUAAACUAAUGGGUGCCUAUAUCUGAGGAGUGUUUCUGCUUCUGUAAUUCAGAGCCGGAGCAGUAUUACAGCUACAAUCGUGCCUUGAUAUUUCAUAUGUUUAUAUACUAACAGCCUACUGCUACAGAAGAUGUCCUAAUUAUGGUCGGCUUGACUGAUCCCUGCUGUAUAUCCUCAUAUCAAACCAACAAUUGUUACCUCAUUUGGUCCUCAGCUUGUGCCGUUUUUUAAUUUAUUCUCUUAUGUUGCUUUUAAUCCGUUUCAAACGUAUGUCUCUUGUCGAAAUGGCGCGAUUAUCAGCAUCAAUCUACGUUGAUGACCUUUUCAUAUCCCCUCACUCGAUAUUAGGCUCGAAGAAAAUAAAUGCAAUCAGCAGAGAUGAAAUAGCAAAGCAACAAGCCGCUCGAUGAUUGCAAAUGCGGCUCCUGCUCCUUUCUCUGAAUAUCAACCGAGUCGGGAGGUUGGUUUUGCCCUUGGCAUAAACAUGCUAUUGAAGUGGAGGGGUAUCUCUCUUUUUUUUCUUCUUCUUCUUCUUCUUCUUCUUUCUUUAAAGCUCAGGGCUUCUUUAUGUCUAAAUAAUCUUUGAAGGUUUUGGAAGCAGGUUUUUGCAGGUAUAUAUUUUUGAAUAUUAUUCAGUUGGCACAUCAUUCUGCUGCUCUGAACUCAUUCUGUAGCCGCAGUAUUUAUCUUCAUAGUCGCUUUAAAGGAGUCUUUUUCAGAAUUUUCAUCUCCUACAUUAUUUCUUUGUAAUGUAGAUCUGUGGGAGUUGGUCCAAAAAUGUGCCCUUAGACAUUUUUUUUCUUUAAAGUGCAAAUAUGAAUUAAAUUAUUAAUGAGUUACAGAUAUAUAUAUAUAUUUUUUUUGCAUGUGUGUUAAAACAUUUCAGCAAGUACUUUGAGACCAAAGAUUCCAGAUAAUCCGCUGUUUUAACCCUGCGAGAGAUGUACUUGAUUCUCUUGGAAAGAAAAGGCCAAAUACACACAAUGGCUUAAAGCCCUGCUUAAAAUGUGUUUAAUCAAGCAAACAAACAAACAAACAAAAAAGUAAUAAAAACUUGUGUUUUUGCUAAACACACCCAAAUAAUAAAAAAAACAGCCAAUGAUUUAGUUUUAUUAGGUAAAUAGUGGUUUAAAAGUAUUACGUUAACUGAAUGUAUUCAUUUAGUACAUCCAGUUAGAUGAUGUUUAGUGUUACACGUGCUUCAUUUCUGUUUGUAAUAAGAUGUUUUUUUUUCUUUUUUAAACUGAAAGGUUAUUACACAGAGUACUGGUAUAUACUGGUGAGGCGCUCCAUACUGGAGUUCAUUACAUCGGAUGUUUAAUUGAGCUCAUUGUGUGUCUGUGGAUGCUCAUUCUUGACAGAGGCCAUUCUAUGAAGAGGUCAGUUUAUUUAGCAUAAUUGCUAUGCAGCUCUUGAUUCUGCAAUUCUUUUUUUUUUAUUUUUUUAUUUUUUACAUUAGAAGCCACAAAUCACAUUGUAGCAUUGAACUAAAAAAAAGGCAAAAAUGGGGGGAAAGUGCUGUGGGGGGGGGGACCCUGGACUUUUCAGAUGUUCUUACUUAAUUUGUUGCUUUCUUUGUGUUUUGCUUCAAUAACUGGACCUUUCCUUGCUUUUGCUGUGCUGUAUUUCUGUCCAAUCCUGUGCUGCCAAUAAAUCAACCGUUUUCUGUU